AUGUUGGGUUGACUGACCUGAGCUUCCAUGGAGAGGCCUUCGGUUCUCUGCCUUUCCUAAUUUUUCUUCCUGCUUCUCCCGCCGCCACACGCUCUUUUUCCCUGUUUUCUCUCCAGCAGUUUCCAGCUUGACGAACUUGGAGAGCGUGCCUAUUCUAAUCCUGCCAUUUUCGUGUGUCUUCUCGCCCCUCGUCUUGCGGGGAUAGCUGCAGUCUGGCGACUUUGGGGUCCUGGCAAUCUGCACUUGUCUGGAUCUUUUUUUCCCACUGCUCCGAGGCUGCCACCAACUGCGACCCCGACCUUUCCGUCAACCACCACCAUUUACGCACCACCCCUCGAACCCCACCUUUGCUCAAGAAAGCAACAAAAAAAAACAAGACGACUGCGACGCGUCCUUUUGCAGGCAGCGACGGGAGUCAACAACAUCCCACCCCACCAUCCGACCUGGGACACAGCUUCUCACCGCUCGUGCUGCAUCCUGUAGGCGGUCCUAGGCGGCGCUUUUUUUCGCGCGCCACCGAGCUACCUGUCGGCGCCAAUACGUCACCUCAGCCUCCCACCGGAUCACACUCACCCAUAAGCCUGGAGUGUCUAAUCCCCGGGACACUCCAAAAACCGAGGCAACACUGUCGUCGCGAUAGUGACCUGUGGGUAGUGGUGGGGGAGUUUCGAUUUUCAUUUCCGGGGCUCGGCCGCCCCCACCUUCAACAUGGGAAAGAUAGUGAAGCCCCUGCAGCCAAAACACAGGGAGACGCUGUCUCCCUGGUUGAAGGAGUUCGUCGCCAAGGUGGCAGAUGCGCCGCUGCCAAAAAUCCCCCAGCUCCUGGCUGACUUCCCGACGACAUGGCCCUUCUCGCGCGGCGACUUGUACCACUGGAUCCCCCUUCUGAACCGGUUCGACAGCAUUCUGGAGUGCUUCUGCGCGACCUAUCGUCUCGCUGAUGGGCCGCAGGCCAGGGACUUCACCUGCGAGGUUCUGCUCAACAAGGGAGCCCCAGUCGAAUACUGCGAUAACAGGACGUGGACGCAGGCGGAUCUGCAGGCUCUCGGCUACGGUCAAGAUGGAGACAGCGCCUUGAUAGUGACGAUAUUGAAGUUCAGUGGCAAGCUUCUGGAGCACUGCGGCAACCGCAGCGUCUACUCAUCUAGCGCGCACCUGAACGAUCUGCUCAACUCUACCUCCUUGGCUGUGCUCCGAGCAACACUCGAGGUCGGCAUGGAGCUGGCCCAGCGCUACCAUGCCUCGGUCAAGCGCAUGGCACACCCUUCCCGCCAGAUCGGAGCUGCUCUACUGGCCAGCCACUAUAAUAUUGAUCUAGACAGGGUACAACAGCUCUCGCAGCCAUUCGUCAAGACGCCCAUCAUCAGCUUCUCUGCCGACCCCAUGUCCACCACGCCAGCAUCGGCGAGUAAGGGGAAGGAGAAGGAGAAGGAGAAAGCACAGAUUCCCGCGGCUAAGAACGCGGCGUCAAUGUAUGCGAAUGACCUUGUCUCCCUAGCCACAUCCGAGCCACAAGGUGAGGGUCGGUGGAAUGGUUGGGGCGACAUCAAGGUCGUUUACUACCCGAAGCCAGGCACCCAGCCGCCUCCCCCCGCUCCUGCCCAACCUGCGGCGGAUAGGGGUCACUCGACCCUGCCGACCACCCCAACUCCGCUGCGCCGGAGCAGCACCAUGGGCUCCGUCCAGCAUAGGAGCCCACGCGUCGAGCGUGCGUCUGGCGAUGACGCCUCGUCUCCGGUGACUCCGCACACCUCAAGCUUUGGUAACGAAGAAGCCGCGAAAUCCCCACAGAAGACGUUUGAGAUCGCCCAGUCCACGGUCCUCAAGACGCCCGUAUACGAGCUACUUUCGCGUUUCCCUGACGAUAUGCCCCAGUCUGCACGCUACGAGGUUCUCAACAGACUCAGGGUUGCCAAAGCACUCUUGGAAUCGACCUCUGCGCGGCAAGAUGCUCUGGCUGUCCGGCUUUUGGCCAUAGCAAAUCUUUCGUACAUCCAUCAGGAGGUUUACUUCCUGGAGAAGGUUCUGAAGCAGGACAAUGAUGAGCCGCGGCGGUACCAGCUCGUGUAUCAGCUGGCUGAGCUCAUCCACCCCGUCCAAGACGGCCGCCUUGGCGUUCCUUUGUGGCUACAGACCAUUACCUUCCAGCUGCUCGAGGCAAUCUCGCACUUCACGUCCAAGCAGUCCGACGUCUUGUCGGCGCUAAAUGCCAACGUCAAUCACGGCAUCCUGCUCUACGUCAUCAGGAAGGCCGUUGCCGGCAUGCGCGAGGACACCGAGGACGAGGGCGAGACUACUGGGACCGAGGCUGACGACUGGCGCAACAGCCUCUUCUCCCUCACCCUGCACAUGUCCGUGUCGGCUCGCCUCGGCACCGAGAUGAUUGGUGCUGGCAUAAUGGAGAACUUGGUGGAGAUUCUCAACAUCCGCACACGCGUUGCCGAUAGGAAUCAUUCCAUGUCGCUCGCCUUCCUCGACGGGUUGAUCUACAGCUAUCAAGGAGCAUUCCAGUCCUUCGUCGACGCCAAGGGCCUCGAUCGGAUCUCGGAGCUGACUGUCGAUAUCGUCAAGAAAGCGACUGAGAUGACCAAGGCCGGACAUGGCACCCCGCCUAGCCUGCGUUCUAGUGUCGUCGACUACGAGAUCCCCUUUUACCAGCAGCAAACUCUCAAGUGGUUGCUCAAGUUCAUCCAUCACAUAAUGACGAGCUGGUACUCAUUCGGCUCAAACACCGAUCGUCUUCUGCGUAACCUAGUCGACAACAGCGAGCUCCUCGGCAGCCUUAGCCAUGUCAUUGAGAAUAUGAGCUGCUUUGGGUCAGUUGUGUGGACUAAUGCCAUGAUCAUCAUCGGCGACUUCAUCAACAACGAUCCCACAAGCUUUGCCGCCCUGAUGGAAGCUGGUCUGAUCAAGAGUUUCCUCGAGAGUAUAACUGGGCGUGAGGUGAAAGCCGAGCACCCGAGCGAGCGGAGACAUUCCACCCCUCAGGCCGCGGACGACGUAGCCGCGGACGAGGAUGCUGGAUCUGCCGAACCCGACGAUUCUGUCCUGUUCGAGCCCGAUGAUAGGCCUCAUCCGCCAGCGCGCGAAACCCUGGAGGCGCCGCGAAGCGAGCCUCUAGCGCGGGGUAUCCUCCCUUCGUCCGAGGCCAUGCUCGUCAUCCCCACCGUCAUCAACUCUAUUUCUCUUAAUAACGCGGGCAUGAAGAUGGUGGUUUCUUCGCGCGUCAUCGAAAGCUACCUUGAAAUCUUCGAGAGCGCCAAGCAUGUUCGCUGCCUAGAUACCGAUCUGGACCAUGCCACGAAUAUCGGAAGUAGCUUUGACGAGCUUGCUCGUCACCACCCGUCUCUUCGCCCAGCCAUCUCCAAUGCCGUUCUGGACAUGGUUGCGCGUGUGGUUCAUCUCGGGAAGGAGAAGGCGGCCAAGCAGUCGUGGGGUGCAUCUCUGUCGGUGUCCAGCCCUGCGGGUGGGCCUCUAAUUGCGGAUAUCUCGCUGCUGGACAAGUCUGGUCCCGUCGAACCCCAGGGGCAAGAUACUGUCAUGGCCACCAGUGGGCCAGACUCGCACGACAGCGGCGAUGCUGAGCAGUCGGCGAAGAACUUCACUCCCUACGUGACCGCUGUUGCCAACUUUCUGUCAACGUACACGGGCAACACAAGUCUCAAAACGACCUUGAUCCACAAGGGCGGGAUCGAGCUGCUGCUGGACAUGUCGGAGCUGCCCAGCCUGCCUCACGACUUUGCUGACUCCAAAGGCGCCAAGAUGUUGCAGCAUGUCGUCUCGACCCUAGUGGAGAACUGCCCGAUUCUUGGCCUACCAUCUCUUCUCAGGCGUACCCAGGCGGCAGUCGACGCCCUCCAGCCACUGGUGCAGCACAAGGGACCGCAGCCGUUCUUUGCGCCUUUUGUGCGGCCCGACUUGUCUUUGGUUACCGAGUCGGGAGAGUGGGAUCAGCAGGUCAUCCAGCAGAUCGCCCACGGAACACAAGCCGUGAAAGCGCUGCUCACUACGCAGUGCUUGGUAAAAACCCUCUACAACAGCCUCCCGCAAUCCAACAGACAGGCAAUCUCAUUCCCGGCCGUAAACGUGUUCGACUUCUAUGCUCGCCUGAUAGAGACCCUGGGUCCUCUGCUCCGUGCUGUGCUGGCUCAAGAGAUGAACAUUGCUAAAAUUGUCCCAUCGCACUGGCCAAACAGCACAGCACUUGGGGAGGAUCAGCCUGUGGCCAGCGUAGAUGCCACCACAGGCGCUGCCGCAAGUACUGCGCUGCUGGAAAAUCAGAGCGCCGCUGCAGCUGACCCGUCCGAGACCCGCGUCGGCGCGCGGCCCAGCGAGCCGGCUGCUGCGUCGACGAGCGGGAAGUCUGUCUCCCCCGACGAGGCCAAGUCUGUCAGCUACAAGAACUACGAGGUCCUCAGGGCCCUCCUCCACUCCAUGAUGCCAACGUCGUACCCUUUCUUUCAGGGCCUAGGCAAGGCUCUUCUUCCUCGGCGUGAGAGAGAUCCUUGGACCCGGUCGCAGCAUCUCUGGAUCGCUGAGAUGCUCGCAAAAACCAUCCAGGCAAAGUGGGAGAGCAACAGGGAACUCACCGUCAAGGACAUCCAUUACUCGGUGGUCAUGCUGCACAGCGUCGACGAGAUGCUGACCGACAGCCCACGCCAGUCUGACCGAGUCUCCGCCACGGUUAUUAUUCCUGUCCUCGUCGCCUUCAAGGAGAAUGGCGGUUUCGAUACUCUCCACGCCAUGCUCCGCCAGUUUGCCGAGGUGGCUGCCAAAGAGUCAGAUGCGCCGCCUUCCGACUCGAGGCCAAGGCUGGCAAAGAUCGGCAUGAAAAAGAUUCUGGAGCUGUACCUUACCGUGGUAUCAGGAAAGAACGUCUGGGACUCAGUGCAGCAAGUGAAUCUUGCACAGCGCCCAGACCAGCGCCGUGACACGAGCCCCAUCGGUGCCCAGCUGCUCGUCGAGCUCCGCAUGUCUAUCCUUCCUGUUGUCCGGGAGCUAUGGGAAUCCCCGCUGAUCGAGAAAGCCGACGUCGGAGUGCUGAACAGAGUUGUCAACAUCCUCAAGGCCAUCGCGGACGUCAGCUGCGAGGCCAACGCGUACAAGAAAACCGAUAAGCAGCCCCCUGCCUUGUUCAAACGUGAAGCUGUCCCGUUUCCGUGGAACGAUCAUAUUAGGACCAUGAAUCCCCUCAUAGACAGGGGGGAAGAGGCCAGUCUCGCAAGGGAGGCCGUCUACCGCGCCUUUGGAUCACCCGAGUGGGCUGAGGAGUACAUCAAAGCCCACAAGGCCGGUAUUGCAGGAGCACGCAACCCAGUCCCACCACAGGACACGUAUCAAGAAGACAGCCCGUCGGAACCUGCACCUUCCGAGGGCCAGGCGCCUGUCCUUGCGGGGCCCGUCAUCGUGAGCGGCGAUCCCAUGGCUGUGGACUCGACCCCGGAUCUGGAUCGGCUCAUUGCGGUCUCUGACACGCUGAGCGAGCGACCUGCUCCGAGUGCUCCAACAGACGAUGCUGCGGAGGUUGUUCGUCGUGCUUCGGAGGCUCGGGAAGCCGGUGGAGCUUCGUCAAGCUCCACGCGCCCCUCGCAAACGCCAUCCAAGGCACCGUCAACGCCUCAGCCUCCUGCCGUCACAAAGGAGGACCUAGACGUGGAGCGGGCCAAGCUGCGAAACGAUCUAAUCGAUCGCUGCCUCGAUGUCAUUAGGGCGCAUCCGACGUCGGUGUACGACGUUGCCGACCUCAUCAGCAUUACUGUGCCACUCAAGUCGGAUACGAAUGAGGAGGCACGCCAAGAAGUUGGAGAAACCCUGGCGAAUGCUCUGAUCUCGUUCGACACGGAGGAUAAAGCAAGCGCUUCUAGUAUCGCCGCCUAUGCUCACCUUCUAUCCAUCCUGCUGCAAGACUCAAAGCCGUUCUUCCGAGCCUGCGUGGACACUCUCAAGAUGAACGUCGGCCAAUACCUCGGGUUUCUGAAGACGUCGGAAGAAUCCUCUAUUCCUCCAUGGAUACCCUACAUCUUGCUCAUAUUCGAGAUUGUCCUGACAGAAGACGAACAGCCAGUUGAGGUAAAAUGGCCCGUUCCCAGCGCCGAUGCCGAGGCGAUGCCGAAGCUUGAGUUCGUGGAGAAGGAGCCCAUCGUCAACCAAGAAGAGCGUGCGGAGCUAUUCCAGGCUGUCAUGGAAAUCCUGCCGCGAGCCGGUGUGAAUGAUAUGCUAGCCAUCGCCAUUCUGAGGAUCUUGCUGAUUCUCACACGGGACCGGGAGUUCGCCAAGGCCGCCGGCGAGAAGAAGCAGCUCAACCGCAUCUUUGCGAUGGCGAAGCAACUCUCAGGGCUCGGCUCCACACGGUUCAAAGAGACCAAGAUCGGCAUAUAUGUCAUGACAAUCCUGCGCCACAUCGUCGAGGACGACGACACUCUCCGUCAAAUAUUCCGCUUCGAGAUUCGUGCCUUCUUCGAUGCUUCCCAGCGGCAAUCUCGGAAUCUCGAACUACACACCUACCUUCGGAGCCUCUCCCCCUUUGCUAUGCGGAGUCCGAGAGUGUUCAUUGAGGUUACCGAGGAGCUCGUCAAGAUACCAAAGUGGCCCUCGAAUGCUGAAGACGGACAGGCAAAGCAAUUUACGGUGGCACUCAAAGACCCCCUGGCUUCGGCGUCGGCCAAUGAGUCACAUGCUUCCAAGGACAAGGAUGCCCCCAAGGACGAUUCGGUUGAGCCUGCCGUCCAGCAGGCCACGCAGGAUCUAAACAUCAAUGAUGUGAAACCAACGACCGAGUCGGGCGACAAGGAGAUGACCGACGCGCCUAAGACGCCGGGAGCGGAGGCUAAGCGUCCAAUCGUGGAGAACCCGGACGGUGUCAUCAACUUUCUUCUGGAUCAACUCCUCAACUUCCAGAAGGUGGAUGCGGAGCCAGUGAUCGUUGGGGCACCACCAAAAGACAAACCCAAGGAGGCCGCGUCUUUCACGGCCGCUGGUGUAGGCAGCUCUUCUUCAUCAUCCUCGGCAUUGACGCAGCCAGCACCUAUAUCUGAGCAAGGCCUCGAUGAUGGCAAGGACAAAAAACAGCCAAAGCCCCAAUUCAAGGCAGAGGAGCAUCCCAUCUUCAUUUACCGGUGCUUCCUGCUGCACUGUCUUUCGGAGUUGCUGUACAGCUACAAUCGCGCCAAGAUCGAGUUCAUCAACUUCAAGCGGGGAGCCCCGCUCCUGACGAACACCCCCGUGAAGCCCAGGUCGAGCGUUUUGAACUACCUCCUGAACGAUCUUCUUUGCGUCAACAGCCUCCAACCGCCAUCGGACAGUCUUGCGUACAAGAAAAAGGUCAGCACUGCGGACCAGGCACGCAUGGUCCUGGUUGCCCUUGUGGCGAAGACUAGUGAGAAGCCACUCAACCGCCAUGCCCGCCGGUUUGACCCCAGCAACGAGGCAGACUUGAACUUUGUGCGCAAGUUCGUGCUCGACACUGUGCUUCGAGCGUACCGCGAGGCUGCCGGCUCCGGCGAAUCUUUCGAUGUCCGAUACGGAAAAAUGCAAUCCCUCGCCGAGCUCAUGUAUAACAUGAUUGACGACAAGGACUCCAAGGAGCCCAUCCGCGUCAGCCCCGACGCCCCCCGGUCACAAUCGCAGAUCAAGCGCCUCAUGUACGAGAAGGGCUAUAUCGCAGCGUUGACCUCUUCUAUUGCCGACGUAGACCUCACCUAUCCCGGUGUGAAGCGGACCAUCAAGUACAUUCUCCGCGUCUUGCGAUUCCUCACCAACACGGCCAUCCUUCUGAGCGCCGACGGAGUUCUCCCACCAUCCUCUACCGAUAGCGUCGAGGACGAGAUUCUCUCAGCCUCCUCGCUUUCUGACUUGGAUGAGGAGCGCGAGGAGACCCCUGAUCUCUACAGGAACUCGGCUCUCGGCAUGCUGGAACCUCGAGAGGAGGAUGACUUUAGCGAUGAUGAGUCCGAAGAUGAUGACGAAGAGAUGUAUGAUGACGGGUACGCCGACGAGGUGGGCUAUGACGAGGAAAUGUCCGAGGAUGACGACGAAAACGUUAGUGACGAGGACGAGGAACUCGGCGAGAUGGGCCAUAUUGAAGGCUUGCCCGGCGAUCCAGCGGUCAUGGAAGUUAUCAUGGGUGACCAGGAUGACGAGGAUGAGUCCAUGGACGAGGACGACGACGACGAUGAUGAUUCGAGCGAAGACGACGAUGACGACGAAAUCUCGGAUGCUCUGGAAGAGGUGGAAGACCAUCACGAAGUCGUCAACGAGAAUGGGAGCCCGGUCGAUGACGAUGGAGCAUCUGAGUGGGAAAGCGAUAGUGACAACGAGAACGACGAGGGAGAAGAGGAGAUCGACUUUGAGGCCCAGGUCCAAGAUCUCGACGAAGUUGGUCCGCUGGGACACUUUGGCAACAUCAACUACUCCGAGCCCCGCUUCACGCAUGACUUCCUCGGCGACUUUCCGGGAAUGGAUGAUCGUUACGUGGAGGAGGAUGAGGCGGACGAUGAUGAGGAGGACGAGGAAGACGAGAUAGACGAGGACGUCUUCAUCUUCGAUCGGGACAACAUGGGCGACGACCAACCGCAGCCAAGCAUCGCCCCGGGUCUUGGAUGGGACUCGCUGGUCAUUGACCAGCCGUCUGGGGCCCAUCGUCACCGACAUGGCGGGAUUAGAAGCCCCUUUCCCGUGGCUCCUCAAGCUGUGGUGAUUGGCGGCCCGCAUGGAGACCGUCUCAGCGAGUUCCGGAACUUCUUCCGGCCGCGGGGCGGUCCUCCGCCAAACAACCACGAUGACGGCAUCAAUCCGCUUCUCCGCCGGCAGCGCAAUGGCGGGCGCGACGCCUCGCCCCGCCCGGGAAUGGCACCUACCUUCCGUUUCCCUCCCUCAUUUUUCUCUGCUGGUCACGAUAAUCCCAUGUCCCUCAUCAACGACUUGAUCACCUCCAUUCCCCAAAGCAUGAGCGGCCGAGGUGGAGUCUUUCCCUCCUUCCAACUUCAUAUCUCGCAGGAGGGCCCCCAUGGCGAAGUCCACGAGUUCCACAUUCCCGUGCCCGCAGGCGCAGCUCCGAUGCGAGACUCUCGCAACGAUGCCAACCGACCGCGGGAUUUCUAUCAUGAGCCACAGCACGCCGUGUCCUUCAUGCCAGCAUCCACCGUCGAGCGGUGGCUAGAGGAGGCCAAGAUAUUGUUUGGGCCUGCUCACCACGAGAAGGCGCUGAAGCUCUUCCUGGUGGUCCUAUCCAAACUCGCGCCGCAGGCCAUUGCAGACGACAAGGAGGCCAAGCGCAAGGAGGCAGAGCGCAAGCGCGAGAUUGAGGAGGCGCGAAGGCGGCAGGAAGAAGAAGAGCGGAGGAAGAAGGCUGAAGCCGAGGCGGAGGCAAAAGCUGCUCGUGAAAAGGAGGAGGCUGAGAGGAAGGCCAAAGAGGAGCGAGAGGCGGCCGAGGCUGCCGAGGCUGCUCUGUUGCAAGCAUCCCAGUCUGAGGCGCGGUCUGCCAACACCACCAGUGACAACCAGGCGUCAGAGCCCCAAGGCAUGGAAGGCGUCGAGACAGCUGAGACGGCCCAGUCUGGCUCUCUCGCCCAGCAAGGCGGCGACAACGAAUCUCAGGAACGCUUGAUGACCAGCAUCCGCGGGGAGCAGAUUGACAUCACCGGACUUGGAAUCGACCCCGAGUACCUCGCCGCGCUGCCUGAGGAGUUUAGGGAGGAGGUGAUAGCGCAAACUCUCACUACGAGGCGGUCUGAAGCUCGGCAGCAAGCCGAGAACACUGGGCAAGAAACCGAGGCCUUCAACGAGUUUCUUGACGCGCUCCCUGAGGAGCUGCGCCAGGAGAUCAUUCAACAAGAGGCCCAAGAGCGGAGAAGGCGUCAGCGUGAGGAGCGCCAGCGCGACACCAACGCCAACAACAAUGCGAGUGUUCCCCAGGAGAUGGACGCGGCCAGCAUCCUCUUGACGUUUGACGCGACCCUGCGCGAGGAGAUCCUCAUGGACCAACACGAGGAGCUAGCUGAACAUCUGCCUGCCGACAUGGUGGCCCAGGCCCGCGCUGCAGCAGAACGGCGGUCUGCCACAGCGGCGUCUGCAGUGUACCGCAACCGCGAGGCUGUCCCGCGUGAGGGGCAGCGAUCUGAUAAUUCGCGCCAGGCGGUCGAGGCGGCCGAGGAGGUUGAAGUCAAACCCACGCGGCAGCCGGUGCCCCAGAUGCUCGACAAGGCCGGCGUGGCCACACUCCUCCGCCUCAUGUUCAUUUCACAGCCUGCUGCCAUAAGGACCCAUCACUUUGGCAUCCUCUCAGAUGUUUGUGAAAACCGACAAAACCGACUGGAAGUGAUCAGCACGCUACUCCAGAUUCUUCAAGAUGGAAGCACGGACAUGGACGCUGUCGAGCGGAGUUUCGGCCAACUCUCGCUCAAGGCUAGGCAGCCCAAGGAGAAGGACCUGCAGAAAACUCCCACCAGCCUUAAGAGGAGCUUGACCGGCAUCAACCCAAGCAUAGUCAUCCAGCACAACUCGGACGUCUCCCCGCUAAUGAUCGUGCAGCAGUGCCUAGACCUGCUAGGGGAGCUCUGCCGUAACCUUCACAUCCCCUCUCUCUUCCUUACAGAGCACGAGAUUCUUGGCUCAUCGCUGAAGCGAACCCUCAGUCGCAAAGGCAAGGGCAAGGACCUCAAGGCGAACAAGUACGCUAUCAACUCGCUUCUCAGCCUCCUUGGUCGCAGCCUUGUGAUGGAAAGCUCCGCGGUCAUGCAGUUGCUCGCGGACCUGCUGAACAAGGUCACUUAUCCCCUGCAAGCCCUAGAACGGCGGCGCCGAGAGGCCGAGGAGGAGGCAAGGAAGGCGAUGAGUACCGGACCCGCGGCCCACUCCACCGGAACCGCCGGGGCACCAACAACCGAAUCUCGGGCUGGCCAGUCCUCGUCCACAGCCACGGACCACACCGAGGCGGCACCAAUGGCCACAGCCGGUCCCGCCCCCGCUGCCGAACAAGCCGAUGCAGACGCGGACAAAUCAAAGACCGAGGAGGCCAAGACAGCCGAAGCCAAAAAGUCAAGGCAACUGCAGCCUCCAGUUAUUCCUUUCCACAAUCUCACCCUCGUCGUGAACAUCUUUGUGGCUCGGGAAUGCAGCUCCAAGACGUUCCAGAACACCAUCUCGACCAUCAAGAACUUGUCCAAUAUCCCGGGCGCUAAGGUCGUCUUCGGCCAGGAGCUGGUGCGGCAGGCCCGGCUCUUGAGCGAAAACAUUGUGCGCGAUCUAGACGACCUUCUACCGCAUAUACUCAAGGCCGAGUCUGGCACAGAGAUACAGGGUGUUGCCCUCGCCAAAUUCUCUCCUGGUGCAUCAGAGCAGAACAAGCUCCUUCGCGUGCUCACUGCGCUCGACCAUCUGUUUGACUCCAAGGCCAAGAAGACGGAGGACGAGUCGGCAGGUAAGGAGUCGGAGAAGCAAGAGUUUAUCAGCUCGCUGUAUCACAACUCUACCUUCGGUACCAUGUGGGAGAAGCUCAGCGCUUGUCUCAGCGCCAUCCACCAGCGGGAGAACAUGGUCAACGUGGCGACCAUCCUGCUGCCGCUCAUCGAGUCACUCAUGGUGGUCUGCAAGAACACCACACUGAGCGACGCGCCCGCGUCUCAGAGCCAGAUGUCCAAAGAAAUGCUGCUCUCCAGCCCUCCGCCCGAGAACCGCAUGGCCGGCCUCUUCUUCAACUUCACCGAGGACCAUCGUCGUGUCCUGAACGAGCUCGUGCGCAACAACCCCAAGCUCAUGUCUGGUACCUUCUCGCUCCUGGUUAAGAACCCGAAAGUGCUGGAGUUUGACAACAAGCGCAACUACUUCAACCGGAGCGUGCAUGCCAAGUCGGGCAACCAGACGCGGCCCUCGUACGCGCCAUUGCAGCUGUCGGUGCGCCGAGACCACGUGUUCCACGACUCGUUCAAGUCGCUCUACUUCAAGAAGGGCGAGGAGAUGAAGUAUGGGAAGCUAAACAUCCGCUUCCACGGCGAGGAGGGUGUGGACGCCGGUGGCGUGACCCGGGAGUGGUUCCAGGUGCUCUCGCGACAGAUGUUCGACCCCAACUACGCGCUAUUCAUCCCAGUAUCCUCGGACCGCACGACGUUCCACCCCAACAAACUGAGCAGCAUCAAUGAUGAGCACCUCAUGUUCUUCAAGUUUAUCGGGCGCAUCAUCGGCAAGGCGCUCUACGAGGGGCGCGUGCUCGACUGUUACUUUAGCCGCGCGGUCUACAAACGAAUCCUCGGCAAGCCGGUAUCGGUCAAGGACAUGGAGUCUUUCGACCCGGAAUACUACAAGUCGCUGGUGUGGAUGCUCGAGAACGACAUCACUGAUAUUAUCACGGAGACGUUCGCUGUCGAGGAAGAUGCGUUUGGCGCGACGGAGACGGUGGACCUGUGCGAGAACGGGCGCAACAUCCCCGUCACGGAAGAUAACAAGCACGACUAUGUGCGGCUGGUGGUGGAGCACAAACUUCUCGCGUCGGUCAAAGACCAGAUGGCUGAGUUCCUGACGGGCUUCCACGACAUCAUCCCGGCGGAGUUGAUCGCCAUCUUCAACGAGCAGGAGCUGGAGCUGCUGAUAUCGGGCUUGCCCGACAUUGACGUGGACGACUGGAAGAGCCACACCGAGUACCACAACUACACGCCGUCAUCGCAGCAGAUCCAGUGGUUCUGGCGUGCUGUGCGUUCCUUUGACAAGGAGGAACGGGCCAAGCUGCUGCAGUUCGUUACUGGCACGUCCAAGGUGCCUCUCAACGGAUUCAAGGAGCUCGAGGGCAUGAACGGCGUGAGCCGGUUCAACAUCCACCGUGACUACGGCAACAAGGAGCGGCUACCAAGCUCGCACACAUGCUUUAACCAACUCGAUCUCCCUGAGUAUGAAAGCUACGAGAUUCUCCGUGCGCAGGUUAUGAAGGCCAUCACUGCCGGAAGCGACUACUUCGGAUUUGCAUGAAUGGAUGAACGCAGCGCUCGUGGACUAGCAAACGCAGGAGCUACGUUGCACAGAAAAUUUCAGAGAUAUGUUCUUUUCUUUCUUUUCUCUUGGGAGGGAGCAGUGACAUACAAGGAAAUGGCUGGCAUUUUCCCUGGCGUCCGGAGGUUGUGAGCUUAUUUCUACUUGGCGUUGUUUCCGGCCGCCUUUUACGACUCUCUUCGCCUUUUAUUUUUUACCUCUUCUCUUUCCCUCCUGCUCUUGGACCUUUUUUCUCUUUUUUUACAGUCGAUGUUGCCUUGGUCUUUGGCAGGGGAGAUGCCGAUUUUUCUUAUUUAUUUUUUCUCUUGUGCCAUGCACAAUCCUCUUUUACCCCCGGGGCUCGACAGUCAUUUCUUCUUGGCGUCGACAAACUUUGGGGCGCAGGAACAUGCCGGUAGCUUGACGCUUGCUGGACCUCUUCUGGUGGGACGCGGAGUGCAGACCGGGUCUCGGCAUUGGGGCAUCAAGCUGAAAAAGAUAUGGCUUCCGGGUGCAGUGUCUGUUUAUUGUGUAGAAUAGCCCAUAAUAUGUCGUUGCUUCCCGAGAUGUUGUGGUCCCUCGAGCUAAUGCAACAAGAAGGCCUUUUGGCCAGCCCCUUUUCUUGCUGCGUGGAGAAAGAGCCGCAGCCAAGGCCGGGAGAGCUGCCACUGGGAG